AUGACGUCUCUAUAUGAGAUGGGAUUCGAUCUGCUGCUUCGUUUCAAUUUGCACUUGGCCAAGAACAUGUAUGUACUCUGGUUGGAGGGGUUGGUAACGGCCGACCGCGAUGCGGACUCACAUGCAUGGUCCCUUUCGUGGAGUCCUCCCCAUGAUAAGCAACCGCAACCCCCGAAGCCUGAACGACCGGAUCAGAUAAGCCUGCCAGUUAUGAUAUGGGAAAAGGCACCAAUGGGCAACCUCCAGAGAUAA